UCUCAAUCGCGUCUACGCACUUCCCGCGUGUUAAAGUUCUACAGCUGACAGCUCAACGCGGAGAGUUUAUCACGUAAUUUGUCCUCGUGAACGUCGCGUGCGACUCCAGUGACGCACUGAUCAUCACUCGCGUCGUGUAUCGACACAUUCAUCGUCAAUAUCACGGGAAUUUGUUCAGCCAUGAGCGCAGCGGUCGGCAUCCAAAUGUAAGACGCACCUAACCUCGAAAAAAGUUCAGACACGGUCGUAACGGCUUGAACGUCGUGAAUGUGGCUGCUGUCGACCGUAUCGUGGUGACGCGAGCGAUCAUAUCACGCGGAAGAAGCACAUCCGGCAAGCAUCGUCUUCCGAAGUCGCGAGUCCGCGAAUAUCGGGCUCGUCCGCGCGAAUGGUGGAAGGAGCAACGAUCUUCGAAGAGUUCAGCCUCGUUGGCUUAUUAAUGGCCGGCUAAAGAGCGUACGCGACACGGUGUGACUAAUGGUCGCGUGUGAAUCGAGAGUCGCAAAUGCUCUCGGCGAGUAGCAGCUCCGAUUACGAUCUCCGUACAAUGUACUUUGUGUCUACCACGGGUGCAACCUCCGCGAUAACCGCGAAGUAGAUCUGGCGAUUGUAUAAUGAGCCACUCUAGAGGAACUCGUGUGCGAUAUUGAAAUUGAUGCAAAGGUGGACGUUCUGAGCGAUACAAGAUGCGACAGUGUUGUUUGAACCAUCGGCUCCUGCAAUGGCUUCUCUUUCUGAUUCUGUGCGCUGCGUAUGGCCGCGCGGAUAUCUUGGUGUUUUCCGCGGAGGCGAGACACCAAAUCGAGGAGGAAUUUCGAGAUAUGCCCGCCAGAUUUGGAGGUUUAAUACCGACCGAUGGAAUUAAGGGCAUGGUAGUCUAUUCCGAUCCCCCUAAUGCGUGCCAUGAGAUACAGGGUCCGCCAAAUAAUAUCAGUUACAAUAAUAAUUGGAUAGUUUUAAUACGACGUUACAAUUGUAGCUUCGAAAUAAAAGUUCGAAUGGCGCAAAAAGCUGGAUACGAUGCUGCUAUUAUACAUAACGUGAACAGCAAUGAAUUAGAACCGAUGUCGGCGAAGGAUCCAAUAGGAAUUUCGAUACCGUCAGUGUUUGUCAGCGAUGUUACGGGAAUAGUUCUCAAAGAAAAUUAUUUGUACAACCAGCAGUAUUUUGUAUUGAUUAACGAUGAUCUGCCGUUCAAUAUUAAUACACAUCUGCUUUUGCCUUUUGCCAUUGUUGUCGGAAUAUGUUUUCUAGUCAUGCUUAUUUUUAUGGCUGUGCAGAUUGUUAGAUGCAUAAAGGACAGAAGACGACAACGGCGGCACAGGCUACCUAGUUCCAGUUUAAAGAAGAUUCCUACACACAAGUACACGAAAGGUGAUCCGUAUGAGACGUGUGCCAUUUGCUUGGACGAUUACGUGGAGGGAGAGAAAUUACGAGUUUUACCAUGUGCACAUGCUUAUCAUUCAAAGUGCAUCGAUCCAUGGCUGACAAAAAAUCGAAGAGUAUGUCCCGUCUGCAAGAGAAAGGUUUUUACGGCUGAUGAGCAGGUAGUGACCGACGAGAGUGAUUCAGAUGCCGAUGACACGACACCUCUGAUUCGCGACGGUCAUCAUGGCACGCAAGGAGGAACGUUUACGCGACAGAGGGAGAAUCCCUUCAACAGAGCCAGGAGGACCCAGACCAGGCAGGAUAGUAACUCUAGCGUUAAUAGCUCGGAUUCCGAGCAAUCCUUCGCUACCGACGACAGGGUCAGUACUAGCGCCGGUGAGCCAUCCAGUGGCACCGCUUUUAUGGUAUCCGAUACCCACAGCAUAAACGGCGAGCCACAGGAACUACAACGUUCAGUUAGCGAUAGUAAUUUAUACGUGGGCGCUCAAGAGUACCCAGCAUCUGUUGUACAAAUCGUACCAGCACGGAACACGAGGGCUUCGUUAAACUCCGCGACAUCGAAUUCCGAUUGCACGAUCGCAAUUCCGGCCGCCGGUUCCAGCAGGAACGACGUCAUUACAUAAUGGCCUGACAUCGUCUGCGACCGUCGUCGUCGCAUGUUACGAACCGUGCGUGUCUUGCGGGUCGGUGGACGUUAAUAGAAGUGACAGGCAUACAAUGAGGAUGGAUAAUCCGAAAGUAGGUAGUAUUUUUAACGUCUGCGAGUCACCAUACUUCUCUCAGAUAAUGAUAUUAUGACUUUGCUUUAUGCCAAAUAUUCUUUCGCGCUGAUGCGUCCAGUAUACACACUCACACACAUACACACAUAUAUACACAUAUCUGAUGGGUUUACGUUAUAUUAUAUUAUCCUUUAUUGUUUUUCUUUUCCUGCGUCAAAUAAUGCAUACACUACUGACUACUAUAUAUAUAUUCACGGGAUCGAUGAUGAUCUGGUUUCUUAUUACGUGAUCGCGACACUGUUCGGAAAACAUUCAUUUUUUAAAUUUAAAUUUGAAAUAUGAACAAGUGUACACUUUGAUAAGGCAAACUGAUUAUACAACAUAUUCUUUAUGAGAUCAAAAGAUAUCAGUGACGUUACUUUAUUCUCCGAUUUAUCGGAAUUCCUGGUCAAAACUCGUUUUCAAUUAUUAUGUAGGUAAGACUGCGAGCUCUAGUUCACUGUUUAAUGAUUUAUAUUAUUUCGUACAUUUAACUUUAAGGACCACUUGGCCUACUUGAUUUGCGCUCCACGAGAUUGAAAAAUUAUUGAAGAAAUUGCGUUCUUAUCAUUUAGUUACCAAGCCGUUAAGCACGAUAUAGGAUGCAUAAGCGAUUAGUUUACAGCAAUUACAGCGGUUUACGUUAACGGCGUGUGACGAGCGCUGGGUGAUAACGCAGAGAGUGACGGAAAUAACUUUGUUGGCUAUAUAUCGGCUCUGUGUAAAUAUUAUUUGUUAAUAUAUAACAAUCAAGAGACCAAAAAUAUACACACGAAUUUCUCUCAGUGCAGGACGUAAGAUAUCGUUCGUAGUUGCGGCAGAUAGUGGACGAUUGCACCGAGAUGGUGAACAUUUUAAUGAUGUAAUUACUUGCAACUUACAUUACUUUAGACACUAAGUUGAUCAAGUUGAAUCUUUAGUGUUAAGUUUUACGGGAGAUUUAUUGUUAUCCAAAGUAUACUAUCGAACUACUACUACUACUACUAUUACUACUACUACUACUACUAUUAUUACUACUGGACCGUUUUAUAUAAAAGGUAGAAUAGUACUUAUGAAAUGGGCUGAUACAAUACAACGUGCUGACAGUUGUCGCACGUAAAUUUCGCUACUGUCAUAAAUGACGUUUUCAUUCGAUUUCUAAUGAACGCGACGAGACAACGGGGACUAAAAUCACGUUUUAAUGAGAGGCAAUAGCACAUUAUUUCAAUCAAAUGCAGCUAUCCGCGCUAACGCUCAUGGCUGUAUUACCUCAUCGCAAAGUGGAUAGAUCUGCUCGUAUGGAGAUGUUGAUGAAAGAGAGCCGCGAGAACAUAUCGAGCGGUGAACCGUAUUUUGUUGCUCGUAUAUUAAAAACAUGUACACGAAUAUGACUCAGUUCUUGGGAAAAGUGAAAAUAAUGCUUGUGAACGCAUCAAGUAUAUCAACGCGCACGGCGUGACGGCAACGUGGUAGGAUUGUAAAAAGAUAUGUAAAUAGCAUUGGAGGAUUCUAUUAUAUAAACGCGAUACGCGAAAGAUAUUUUUAUUUGUUUUUAUAAUCGUCAAAUCGGGACACAAGUAUUUGCUAUUAUCUUAUUGUUUAACGAUAGAUGUAACACUAAUAAAAAUAAAACAUAUUUAUAUUUUCUA